UUUCUCGCUGCAUGCCCUAGCCCUGACGGCCCUUACUGUCUGGGUGCGCGGAACUCUAAUCCCGUUUGUUUCUUUCCCUGGGAGAUGGCUAUCAACUACCAGGACCCGCUCAAGCCACCAUACAGAGCCUCGAGUAGGAGACGGUUCUUGCGAGGAACGCUCGCACAUAGGACCGUUCUGAAGGCAGGAGUUUGGUACACCGUAAUCUCAGUCGGCUCAGGACUAGGAUUUUACUAUGCUGUUGACAAAGAGACUUGGCGAGCAAGGAUGGCGAGAUACGACGAAUGGCGAGGCCCUCAAAUAUCGGAUAACCGUGAUUUCGCUAGAUCGGCGGAGCCGACAGCGGAUGAAGACGUCUUGUCGCAGGAACUGGAGAGGUUCUUCUCCUGGAAGAGGUUCAGAUUUUGGAAGCCAAGCUUCUGGCUCAACGGCUUGAUGGCUGCUUGUGGCUACGAGAUUCCCGAUCCUCCGCCGGAAUAAAGAAAGCAAGAGUCUCGUUAGGAAUAUUCGUUUAAGAGACAGGUUUGAGAUUCGCUCGGUUCUCUGUAUAAUAAAGAACUCGUUCAAGUACCUUUCAUGCAAGAGGAUUCCCGAUCGGCUCCC